AGUCAAAAGACCUUGUUUUUGGAGAGAAGUGAAGCGUGUGCGACAUAUGGCCGCUCACUAAGCCACCUUUGCUGGGGUUUGGUCAGCCAGCUAUUAAAUCGAAAGCGAUUUUGGCUUUUGGCAUUAGUUCUACUUGUGCUUCUCAAGCGUUCGCAAUCCGCAAUGAAAGUUUUUGUAUGUCUUCUGGCGCUGGCCGCCACUCUGGCAACAGCCAAUGCAGGCCUUCUGGAACUUUUGAAGGGGGGCAAAGGCGGUGGUGGCGGUGGCUACGGCGGCGGAUACGGUGGUGGCUACGGAGGAGGAUACGGAGGUGGUGGCGGCGGUGGAGUCCAGGUAGUCAAGGUGAUCAACACCUAUGAGGGAGGACAUGGAGGAGGCGGUGGCUAUGGAGGUGGAUACGGAGGUGGCUACGGAGGAGGUGGUGGCUGGAACUCUGGAAGCUACGGAGGUGGUUACGGAGGUGGCUACGGAGGUGGCUACGGAGGUGGCUACGGAGGUGGCUACGGAGGUGGUUACGGUGGUGGUCAUGGAGGUGCCAGCCGCGUGGAUUUCUACAAAGUGAUCACUACCACUCAUGGCGGUAGCUACGGAGGUGGCUACGGCGGUAGCUACGGAGGUAGCUACGGUGGUGGUUACGGGGGUCAAUCCGGCUGGUGGAAAACGAAGUAAGCAAGAGACACUGCCUCCAGCGGCCCCUAUCACUCCCUUCGCCAAAUGGCUGUACUCCGGAUAUAAACCCGUUUAUGUACCUGAAAAAAAUCUUCCAUAGCCAAGCAACCCGAACCUCAUUUAUGGCAGUUAUUCCCGAAUCAGUAAAACUAGUUUGAGAUAAUCGGCAGACUGCUUGACGAACACACAAAUAAAAGUAAAAGUGAAUCGUAUUUAAAUUAAA